AUGAGUGCUCUCCUUUUUGUUGUAUGGAAACACUUAUUCUGCUUACGCGAUCCAAAUAUUUCUCAUAAACUUUUAAUUUUUAAAGUGAGAAUGGAAAAGCUUGGAAUAUUGCUUUUGGCUACCACUACGUUUGUAGUUGGGACAACUACGGAAAAUAAGGAAAACCUCCGCAAUCAGCAAGAAUUUAAUCAACUAUGCAGGAUUUUGAGACUUGUGGAAGGGGAUCCAGGACAAGUCGUUAAGGAGCCUCCAAACUUGGGAAUCCUCAUAGAAGUGCUCCAAAAAAUGGUGAAGGCAACCUUUGUAAAGGAGUCGUCUUACCAAGAAGCAGUUGAUGCAAGGGAAAAAUGGAAGAGCACAGACAGUACGGUCGAAACAAAGAAUAUUAUGGAUAAGCAACGUGCGGAUGAUUUGGUGAGGUAUAAGAUUACACACGAGAAACUCAAGAAACUCCUCGCGAAAGCCAAGAUGCUGGUGAGCAGGAUCAAGGAGGAAAGGUACUUGGCAUAUGUAUCGAGGAAUGCUGCACUAGAGAAGAUGGCGAAAGUUGUAUAUGGAAGCAGCGCAGAAAAAAUGUUCAGGAAUGAAACUGAAUUUGAAAAGUUUUUGGCCAAUUCACAAGGCACAAUAGUGGGUAAAACGGCCAAGGAGACAUGUGGGAUGUCAAAUGAUAAAAUGAAGAAUGUAAGUUUUGCGGGUUACUCACUGGUUGGAGACUUUUUCUGCUUGUGUGUUGGUGAAAAUAAUAAUGCCACGCUAUGCGACAAAAGCUUCAGUGGACCCAGGGAGGAGCAUAAGUGGACAAAAGUGAUGUUUGAGGACAAACUUGUUGACUUUGCUGCUGGUUGGUUUAAGAUAAGAGGUUUGUGUUAUGUCAAUGCCACGAGUGGAAUAAAGGAUGUGGUAACUCCAGAAAAUAUUAGCACGGAGAUUGUAGCCUUCAACAAGAUGCUUGGAAGACAGCGGGAUGAUGUUCAAAUUUAUCGAAGAGAAGCCGAAUCAUAUCGACAGUACAUUCUUGGGAGGGUUGAGCAAGUAGGAUUUACUGACAGUGCAAUAUGCACUGGAGAGCACCAGCAUAUGUGUGUAAAUUACGCACAAUGCUUGGUCUCGAAUAAAGGUAUUCCAUGGCAACUCAAGCUAAUGGAGGCAGAGGAGGAUCUAGAGGAUGUGGAAAAACAUAACAUGGAGGUGCAUGUGCUAAUUGGGAGGUUGGAUAAACUCAUUGAGAAAAUCAAGAAAGCAGCAGAGCAACUCAGUCAAGAGAUGGAAGGAAUUGAUGUUGCAGUUGAGAAGGUUCAGUUGCUGGAGGAAGAGAUCGAAGAAAAUGAAACCACGGGAAAAAGUGAGGCAACCGCAGGAGAGUUUAAUGAUAAUGCGCAACCUGAGGAGGGGAGUUUAGAUAAAUGUGAAUAUUGGGGUAUGUUUUCUAUUUUGUUCGGGGUUGUAGCAUUUAGCCUCGUGUAA